AUGUGCUCAUCUGAGGCGCUGCGCAUUAUCACCGGCGACUUCAACUUUCCUGCGGGGGCCAAAGAGGAAGAGGGUGUGGCGUGGAACGCGCUGCGUGGAGUCCCCACGAGCCGGGCCACACCAACGGCGUCACCUUCCCCGCCACGAUCGAGCCCGAGCCGACUCGACCCCAUCCUCUAUCGCUCCGAUGGCUACCGCGUGCGCGAGGUGAUGACCGUGGGCGCCGAGCCCAUGGGCAGGCGAGGCGGCAGCGGUGCCGCCAGCAAGGACAACUACCCUUCCGACCCCUUCGCCGUGCUCUCCCCCUAA